UGGGACGGUGGCAAUGCCGUCGCCAAGUGAGAUAUCGGCUCUUGGGGAAGCUUUAGAGUCUACUAAGACCCCAUUUCUAUGGUCCAUCAAGGAACACGUGAUGGCAUACUUGCCCAAGGGGCUUCAGGAGCGGACAAGAGCAUAUGGGAAAUUCGUCCCAUGGGCUCCGCAGGGUCAGGUGCUGAGCCACCCGGCGUGCGGGGUCUAUGUGACGCACUGUGGGUACAACUCGGUGUUCGAGAGCGUGGCGGGUGGCGUGCCGAUGGUGUGCAAGCCAUUCUGGGCGGAUAACAUGAUGAAUGGGAGGAUGAUAGAGGAAGUGUGGGGGAUUGGAGUGAAAGUAGAAGGUGGGACCAUAACGAAGAGCGGGAUGGAGAAGGCAUUGGAGGUGGUGUUGAGGGGUGAGGAUGGGAAGGAAAUGAGGAAGAAGGUUGGUGAGUUGAGGGAGAGAUUGGUGGAGGCAGCUGGACCUGAUGGGAGUGCUGAGGCCGAUUUCAAGGUCCUUGUGGAGCUCAUCUCCACUUCAUGAAGCGCAUCAUGCACUAGCUCCAAUUUGCAGUAGACUUUAAUCAAUGUAAUAAGUGAUGUGUCUCAAAUUGCCAUUGGUCGUGAAAUCAAUGUCAU